GAGCAGCCGCGCUCCGCCGAGCCCAGCCGGGGCCGCCCUUCCCGGGAGCAGCCGCGCUCGCUCGCUCUCGGCCGCCGGGGCCGGCGCGGAGCGGAGAUGGUGCCGCUGCUGCGGGGCGCCGGGGGCUCCCACCGGUGGCUGGCAGUCGUUUUCCUCGGCCUUUGCUGGUUCCUUCCUCCCGGGAGAUUCGCCGCGCCGGGCGGAGACUUCCCGGGCUCUGCCGUGGACAAUCUGGUGGUCAGGAAAGGGGACACGGCCGUGCUGAGGUGUUACCUGGAAGAUGGAGCCUCCAAAGGGGCCUGGCUGAACCGCUCCAGCAUCAUCUUCGCGGGCAGUGACAAGUGGUCCGUGGAUCCCCGCGUGUCCAUCGCCACGGCCAACAGGAGGGAGUACAGCCUGCAGAUCCAGGACGUGGAUGUGACGGAUGAUGGGCCCUACACCUGCUCUGUGCAGACCCAGCACACACCCAGGACCAUGCAGGUGCACCUGACUGUGCAAGUGUCUCCCAAGAUAUUCCGGAUCUCCAGCGACAUCGUGGUGAACGAGGGCAGCAAUGUGACACUGGUGUGCCUGGCCACGGGGAAACCAGAGCCCUCCAUCUCCUGGAGACACAUCUCCCCCUCGGCCAAGCCCUUUGAGAGUGGGCAGUACCUGGACAUCUAUGGAAUUACGAGAGACCAGGCUGGGGAGUACGAGUGCAGUGCAGAAAACGAUGUCUCCGUCCCAGACGUGAAAAAAGUCAAAGUCACAGUCAACUGUAAGUGCUGUUAUAAAUAA